AUGAAGACGCCCUGCGCACCGUCCCGAGAUCUUCUCCGCUUCCUGCGUACGCAGGCAAAUUCAGUCUUCAUCACGCCCAUCGCGCCAACACGACCUCCCCAUUGCCGGUCCUUAUCUACCUCCUCGCGAUGCUCUCGCUUGCAGACGUCUUCCCAUGACGAUAUAUGGCAGCGCCAUCGAGAUUCCUGCAAGGCUCUCCCUGCACCAAGAUGCGCGCCUCCGGGUCCUCUCCAGGCUCGAAACGCCAGUUCUGGCAGUCACAGCCCAGGGUUCUGGCUACGCUGGUUUCGUCGGAAACAAGCAGCUGCAAGAUCUAAACUGCCACCGGAUCCUCCAGGGAAUAGUUCAAAUUAUGACGAGACGUCGGCUCAACUUUUCAAUCUUUCUCGUUCCUUGUCCAGAAAUCAGACUGGAGCAGAUCUGAAAUUACGGUGCACCGAAUUCGAUGCCAAUGGUUCUGUUACCAUGGUCGCAGGAGAAUUCAAAAAGUCGGAGCUCAUCGCGAAAUACGGUCUCUUGCCUCGCGACCUGCGCAAGCUGGACUCGUCCGUCCUUCCGCACAUCCUCAUUCGACCUACGGCAAUACUCAUAAACCUCCUCCAUCUUAGAGUCCUGAUACAGUCCGAUCGGGUUCUGGUCUUCGACGCAUACGGCAGCACUGACUCAUAUACUCAAUCCUUGUUCAUGUAUGAUCUGGAAGGCAAGCUGAGACAGAAGCCAGACCCGAGGAAUAAAUCUACGUACCUCCCUUACGAGUUCAGAGCCCUAGAAGCCGUGUUGAUAUCCGUCACCUCAGGUCUCGAAGCGGAGUUCGCUUUGGUUCGCGAUCCCGUGGUGCAUAUUCUACGAGAGCUCGAGGAAGAUAUCGAUCGAGACAAAUUAAGACACCUGCUCAUUCACUCCAAAAAGCUGGGUACCUUUGAGCAAAAGGCCCGACUGGUCCGGGAUGCAAUCGAUGAUCUUUUGGAAGCAGAUGACGAUCUCUCGGCGAUGUACUUGACCGAGCGGAAAGUCUCAAACACGCCUCGGCCGGAGCAUGACCAUCAAGAGGUGGAAAUGUUACUAGAAUCUUACCAUAAAAUCUGCGAUGAAAUCGUAGAGAUCUCGGGUAACUUGGUCAACAACAUUCGCAAUACGGAAGAGGUUGUCAAAGCGAUCCUUGACGCAAAUCGUAACCAGCUCAUGCUACUGGAGAUCAAGUUCAGCGUUGGGACUCUGGGACUGGCGGGUGGCACUCUAAUCGCUGGACUUUAUGGAAUGAACCUGAACAACUUCAUCGAGGAGACCGACUGGGGAUUCGGUGCGGUCAGUGUCGUAUGUUUUGCCUUGUCCGCUGUCAUUAGUGUGUAUGGAAUGCGCAAGCUCCGGAAGGUGCAAAAAGUGAGCAUGUGGGGUGAAGGAUUGCCUAACACCAUGGGCCACCGCGCACGAAUUGGUGGUCGUGGCAAUUGGCAUAGCGAAGCGUUUGAAAGGCAAGCCCAACGACCCAUCAGACCGAAAGGGGGUGGCAUCAACCUGGGCGUCAAACAAUCCGAUCCCGUCUACUGGCCGGGCAUGGAAGGCCUGGGCGCACACAGGCUACAAGCCACGUCGACGAAUUCUUUCCGACCUGGAGAUACUGCAGACACCAACGGCAUGGCUCAGCAGCCUCAGAUGACGAUACAAGACGAUGUGGAAGACGUCGAGGCCAAAUGGAGGGAAGACUCGAAGAAGCAGAAAGGUCUAAUGACCAAAGAGCAACAAGCGCACCUUCGUCGUGCCUCGACUCACCACACACACGGAAAGAAAUGA